AUCUGAGAGGCACACAUUUGGGGUCCUCGUCUACUGUUCAUGACGUCAUGAUAUUUGAUUUGAUAACGUGGGUUUAAAGCGGCAUGACCAAGAGAGAAAUGAAUGACAGUAGGACAAAUAGACGGGGAGAUUGUUGUUGGCCAACAGGGAACUUUUGAGUUGAUACUGCAAAAUAUUGAUAAACCGCUGGAAAAUCAGCACACGCACUGCAUUGUAUCUGGUUCUGCUACAUUUAACGUUACUUUAUAAUUUCUUUGUAGAAAAAAAUGACUACAGUCAACGAUGAAGGGAAGGACCGAGUCAUAUUUGUUACCAAGGAAGAACAUGAAAUUCCUAGCACUGUGAAACUGGUUGAGGAGGAUGAAAAUGAGGAGUAUGAAGAAAAAGGUCUCAUCUUGCCGGGUGGUAAGAUAAAUUGGGACUGUCCGUGUUUAGGAGGGAUGGCAAGUGGAGUUUGUGGAGAGCAGUUUAAGACUGCAUUCACCUGCUUCCACUUUAGUCAAGAAGAGGUGAAGGGUUCGGACUGUCUGGAGCAAUUCAGUAGCAUGCAGGAGUGUUUUCGUCAACAUCCUGAAGUCUUUGCUCAAGAAGAUAAUCCUCAGAGUGCCAAUCCUGGAUCUGAAGCAGAACAAAAAGACUCCCCUUCCAUCUCUGACUUCAACUCAAGCAAAGAGUCUGACCCUCCGCCCACUGAGACAAAUGAUAUGCCCUCACAGCUGCCCGUAGCUAGUUAAAAUUGGAGAACAACCAAUUUCUUAUUCCACUUUUUUGUUUUACUUUAAUAUAUUAAUAUAAAAUGAGACAUAAAGGAAACGGGGACACUACAUGAAUGCAAAAAGUAAGAUUAAAUGGAUAUAUAUUUUUUUAAUCAACAUGACAUCCUGAAAUAUAUAAUGUGAUCUUAAACAUGGCAAGACAUUGAGUAAAAGGAAUCAUAUAUAGAAUAUAGGUUUUUGUUGAACUCUCUCACUUAAAGUGUGUUCUGAAAAUUUCAUAUUUAAACAUUUUGUGUUCUGUCUGUCUUUUACUCCUUUUUCAUAUUUUCUAUUUUGUUCAUACAGUCACCUUAAUCCAAGUGUAACUUUGUUACAUAUUGAUGUGUGAAAGUGUGUGAUUUAAAGUCUACAAAGAUUAAUGUAUGUCAUACAUUGUACUUGAGUGAGUGCAAGUAUUUGUGUGUAAAACGUAGGAUAUUUUGAAUAAAAGUUAUAAACUCAA